AUGGCAGGUCGCAACUUGUACGAUGUUUUGCAAGUCUCCCCCACAGCCACUCACGACGAAAUAAAACGUUCCUACCAAAAUCUCGUCCUGAAACACCAUCCGGACAAGGCUCAAUCCGCAUCUAACGACACUUUUAUCGAAAUUGACGAAGCAUGGAAGGUGCUACGAGACGCAGAAAAGCGGAAACAGUACGACGCUGAACUCGGUCAAGCAAGAUUCGACGACAAACCAAUCGUGCAUGAGACAUUGCGGAAAAGCGAUUUUGACUUUGAUGCAGAAAGUGAGACAUUUUAUCGUGAUUGCCGAUGCGGAGGCGUUUACGUCAUGCCCGACGACGACGGGGGCACGGAUGACAGCAUUUACAUUGCAUGCGACGAAUGUUCUCUCGUCAUCGAACUGGAAAAGGGAUAA